CCUUAGUCAUUGCAUAUGGAUAGAGAGAUUAUUGUUCUCCCGAAAAAGAAAAGAAAACCUAAAAAAAAAAAUCUAAACAUAACAAAUGACAUCAGCACAUGCUUUUCAGUUCCUGGAUGGCAGCAGCCUGUUAAUCCAACCUCCAUCCUGGAUUUUGUGAAGUAAAAAGCAGGGAGGCUGGCAGUAGGACAGCACGGCCGGAUUGAGGAAGCUGACGAUUGACAAGCCUGUGGGAAGACAAUGUAUAAAGCUGCUAAAUUUGGAGAUUGAUGCUCAGCUACUACUUUGGAUUCAUUCCUGUCCACAUCCAGAGGCUGUCAGUGCAGCUCGGUGUCCAAAACUACAAAGUCCAUUCUGUCUGCAGAUAUGAAGUGUUGCAUCUUUGUUGCCUCUCUGCUGAUUAACAUGCACUUUGGCACUUCUCGGAGUUCCCAGUACGCCGUGGAUUGUCCAGAUCGCUGCGACGGCAACGAAUGCAAGAGUACCGUAAGAUGUAAGAGGACCGUGCUGGACGACUGUGGGUGCUGCAGGGUGUGUGCCGCAGCCGCUGGAGAAACCUGUUACAGGACUGUGUCUGGCAUGGAUGGAGUUAAAUGUGGUCCUGGACUGACUUGCCAGUUUUUUACGGAAGAAGAUGAUUUCGGAGAUGAAUUUGGCGUCUGCCGAGAAUGUCCAUAUGGUACCUACGGAAUGGAAUGCAGAGGAACCUGCAAUUGUCCAUCUGGAAUUUGUGAUCGUGUGACAGGAAAGUGUCUGAAAUUUCCAUUCUUCCAAUUUACAGGAGCCAAAUCACCUAAUAAACUAAGACUUAAUCCUGAUUCUGAAAUGGCUUCUGGAGAUGGAAACAGCGUCAAGCCAGAACUUGCCAAGGAUAAGUCUUCUCGCUCGCCUGGAAUAAAAUGGCUAAACCCACGCUGAUUUUAAUUUAUAAUUGUUUAUAAGAACUAUCUUGUGGAUUUGAGGCUGAAAAAUGUGCAAGACAAUGCAAUGGAAUAGCACCAGAAGGGGCUGGAUGUAUCACCUUUGGUGGUCAACUGACACUGUUAAUUUAUAGGAAUACAAAUGUUAUUACAGAGGGCGAAGGUCAUUACAAGUCAGACAUAUAUCUUUUUUCCGUGAUGCAAAAAUCUGUUCAGUCAAGAUCCUUCUUGUAAAUGUGUAGUUAUAUAAACUUUAUUUCGGUCUGUUUUCAAAGGAUUUUUAAAUGUUGGAUAUAUCUGAUUGCUUUCAUGUGUAUUUAAAUAAAUGCUUUGUAUAUUAGCCUCUGCUACCAUAUACAGUACAUUUGUUUUUAUAAAACUUAGAAGCCAUGGUUUCCAUACACUGCACUGAUGAUGGCCAAAAUGCCCGAAACAGCUGUAUACAGUUUGGAAUGAAUGGAUCUGUAAUAUUAGGUUAUAUUUGCACUAUAUUUCAUCUGUUCUGAAUGUGCAUUAAGCCAUUGGGGCUUAAAGUCACGAUUUGCAUAGCUCUGCCAAGUGUCCCAAAUUAGAGAAAAAUCAUUGUUUGGGGGAUAUGUGAUGGAAUGAAAUGUGAAUACUGUACCUUCUGUUCUAAGAAGGUUCUACUGCACUACACCCUAAUUCAGUUGGAGGGUUCUUUGAUACCUUUAUUCCAUUAUCGGAAUUCCAUCGGAGCAAAAGAGAACAUGGGCGCUAUCUAAAUUUCGAUGGAAUUACACAGAAUUUCCGAUGAAAAAAGUCUAAUGGGACACAUGGUCGGAAUUUCCGAUGGAAAAAGUCCAUCUGACUUCUUCCAUCUGAAAUUCCGAUCGUGUGUACAGGGCAUAAUGGUUAUACUGUACCUAAUAUCAGCCAGAAAUUGGUUUCAGAUCCUAACCUAAGGUUUUAACCAACAGAUUAAUUAAAUAUGACUUAAAUCUUUUCUCUGCUAUGCUAAAAAAUAAAUAUUUUGAUGGAUCCUU